UGCCUAAGAUCUGUUUACUUCCCCUCCUGCUGACUCGCUCGCCUGCACACUCUCACCAUCUCGCUAGCUCGCCACCCAGUUGCCCUCGCAUUCUUGCUGGUUCGCCCGCCCUUUCGCCCUUGUUCGUUUUUGCUUGUUCACCCUUACCCUCUGGUCAGCUUCGAGUUUGCUCACGCGCCCGCCCGCUUACUCGCCCGCCCGCUCGCGCGCUCUCGUCUGGACAGGCUCGACUUGUCAUUAGCUCUCCCACCCUUCCCGUGUCCCUCUUUCUCCUUACUCAUGUACCUUCUUCACGCCCUCCUUUGCCUGCUCUGCCACGCCCUUCACCCCUUCUGCUCGCCUCCGCCGCGCCUCCUCUCCCCAUCAUCCCGCUCCAUGACCGCUCGCUCAGCGUCCCCUUUUGGCCUGCGAUUCUCGCCCCCGAGCACCUGCGGCUCCAUGCCCAUCGUGAACGCGGCUACCCGUCCCGCUUCUCCACGCCUGUCCCUGCCGCGCACCAGCUGCCCAACUGCCCGCUCCCUCGCCGUUCUUCCGCAGGUACCUGAGCUCAUCCAGAACCCCGCGGCGAGCGCAGCCCCCCGCCCGAGUCCCGCAUCCCCAAACACGGCCGCGCACCUCCGAAUUCCCACAGGAGCGCGAUCACCGCCUCGAGCAUCGCCCGCAGCGCCUGCCUGCUCAUUUCCGCCUUCCUGUUCGCUCGCCCCACCUCUCUUACACUCGCUCACUGGUCCACCCACGUGCUCGGUCGCCUGCCCACCCGCCAAGGCUUUAUGUCUUGAUUACUCGCGAAUGGGACUGCCCUUGACCACGAACACUUCUAGGCCGGCGAAGUUGCUCGCAGGGUUCCUGGCGUGUUCGGAGCACGACACGAGCAAAUACUGGUUGAUGCCCAUUCUUGCGGACGGGCCACCCGAGACGUGGCGCGCGGACGACGCGGAGCAGCACGCUGCAGCACCUCCGACAGGCGUGUACCCAUAUCGUGCCGCAAGCGCACGCAGAUGUUUGGCGCGGGAGCGAGGAUUCGGAUACGAGGCUAUAGACGUCGUGUCUGGAGGAGGUGCAGAGAGAGACACCGUGGGCACAAGAGACUAGAGCAGGAUAAGCCGGAUGCAGAAGUAGAGGUAGUACGGGCAUGGAACACGCGAAGAAGCUGUUUAGGAUCGCUUUGAUUCUGGUAAUUACUUGUGUUAAUGCUCAUAUGGCUUUGCGCGGCUUGAUGGGCUUAGCUGCAUGUCAGCGAUCUCAGUGGCUGUCGAAAGCUACGUACCCAAAGACACGUAAGUCAGCUAAGACGGGCGCAAAGCCACGGAAAGCCACCUAAGGCUGCUGAAGUAACAUGCAGUUGUGCUGGUUCGGAGGAAGAGGCGACCAGCAUGCUCCCGACGUCGGCCGUUGAAGCGUCAUUGAAUUGGCUGACAUUGGCGUUGUAACAGCCAUCGCGGUAGCCGACGUCGGUUGCUCUGGAGCCAUUGGGCAAAC